AUGAACCACUUCCCGCAGGCCUGGGGCAGACCGCGAGACGACAUCUAUGGCCACUACAACUCCGCAUACCUCCCACAAUCGCAUGGCGGCACCCAACAACCCAUCACCCACACUCAGUCGCCCAUCGUGACCGGUACAUCCGUCAUCGCCCUCAAGUUCAAGUCCGGAGUUGUCAUUGCCGCCGACAACCUCGCUUCGUAUGGCUCACUCGCACGCUUUACUGAUGUCCACAGACUGAAGCCGUUCAACAAGAAGGCAGUAGUCGGCUUCGGUGGCGACGUGUCGGACAUGCAGUACAUUGACCGCCUGCUCAAGAGCUUAGAUGUGGAGGAGAACUACAGCACCGGCUCGCAUACUGAGGAGAAGGGAGAUGCGGACAUGAUGAGCGCGAAGAACUUGCACACCUACCUCGGCAAAGUCAUGUACAAGCGUCGCUCCGACUUCAAUCCUCUCUGGAAUGCGCUGCUUGUGGCGGGUCUGGACGAGAAGGGCACACCAUUCCUGGCAUCAGCAGACUUGCUCGGCACGACAUUUAGCGCACCAACUAUGGCUACAGGCUUUGGUGCUCAUCUUGCGCAGCCCAUCCUGCGGAAAUCGGUACCGGAUGAGGAGGCGAGCAAGAACCUCGAUCGGGAAACUGCGGUCAAGGCCAUCAAGGAUUGCAUGAAGGUGUUGUUCUACAGAGAUGCGAGGAGCAUGAACGAGUACUCUAUCGCAGUCAUCGACGAGAAGGGAGUAGAGUUGCACGAGGACGAGAAGUUGGAGAACCAGAGCUGGGACUUUGCAGAUCGGAUCAGAGGCUAUGGUACGCAGACAGUGUAA